CCCUGCCCCUGCGAAGAAUGCCGACGCGAAGUGAAGCGAAGUGACGGAAGGAAGGAGAGGUACGAGAGCACGGGAAGAAGCGCGAGGGAGUCGAGUGGAGGAUGGCGUAUAACAGCCCGUACCGAGGGGCCCCGUUCGGCAGCGCGCCGCCCGACCAGGCCUUCCUGUGGAGCAUCUUCCAGAGAGUGGACAAGGACAGAAGUGGCUCGAUAUCAGACACGGAGCUCCAGCAGGCCUUAUCGAAUGGUACAUGGACACCUUUUAACCCAGUAACCGUGCGAUCAAUUAUAUCUAUGUUUGACCGGGACAACAAAGGAGGAGUGAAUUUCAAUGAGUUUGCAGGAGUCUGGAAAUACAUCACAGACUGGCAGAACAUCUUCCGCACAUAUGACCGGGACAACUCUGGCUUCAUCGACAGGAACGAGCUCAAGCAAGCGCUCACGGGCUUCGGUUACCGGCUUUCUGAUCAGUUCUACGGCACUCUGAUCGACAAGUUUGAUAGGCAGAGAAAGGGACAAGUUGCCUUUGACGACUUCAUCCAGUGCUGCAUAGUACUACAGAGACUGACGGACGUGUUUCGAAGGUACGACACUGACCAGGACGGCUGGAUCCAAGUGUCGUACGAACAGUACCUCUCCAUGGUCUUCAGUGUCGUAUAGUGGAACAUGGACCAGACUGGACACGAGUGCCAAAACCUGCACAAAUAUCGUCCCUCUUUUAGUUUUGUAGUUGACUAAAAUGUCUCAUUUGGGCUUUAUGGGGUGGAAAUUGAAGAGGAAUAGGGUUUAUUAUGGAUCAUUCAUCAGUAUGUUUCUUAAAGUAAUCUUAAUUCAUAUACAUGUUUGGGUCUGUUUCCUUUGUAAAUAUGAUGUUUAGAGUAAAGUGAUGCGCAUGCCAACGGGACACGUCCCGCAAUGUUAACAUGUAUGUAGUUUAAGCAUGAAAUGUUUAAUCUCAGAUAUAUUUUGCAUACGCAAUGUUUACAUGAGAGCACUGUGAGCUGUGCUGAGGGGCGGCUCGUCUGCGCGCUUCCGUCUCAUUUUACCAUGGUGAAAAGCCAACGUGCUUUUGUACAGCUUCAUCUUUUUGUGCAUGGUGCCUUAAAACACAACCGCUAAAGUCAACGUUUUUUAUUAAAG